CCUGGGUCGGACGCUAGCCUCUCGGCCGUCGGGACGUCUAAAAUAGACGACCCGGCCAUCGUCUUUGCCGGUUGCGCCUUUCAACCGAUUUCAAAUAUUUCAAAACGAAAUAACUACAGAUACAUACGUGCGUUAGUUUCGAACGCGCCAUAAUUGCCCUAUCGAGUUAGUGAGUGAAAUUCAUACACCAGGAAUAUAUUUUUUUUUUAUACAACAUCCCGGUAAUUGUAAUGGCUUAUAAUUGGGAUAAUAGAGUGUAUUUUGCCAUCAAGUAUUUAUAUGAUAUAGAUGGAAAUGGAUACUUGGACGAACGGGAUUUUGCCUGUAUAGCUCUUAGAGCAACCAUCAUUGAAGGAAAAGGUGAAUUUAGUUUCUCGAGAUUACAAGAAUAUCAGCAUAUAAUGUUAAGUUUGUGGGAAGAAAUGGCUGAACUGGCAGAUUUUAACAAGGACCUGUUACAGGACGGUAAAAUAACAGUGGACGAGUUUCGACAAGCUGUGCAGCAGUGCUGCUUGGGUCGAAGGUAUGAAGAUUUCCCGCAAGCAAUGAAAAUGUUUAUCGACUCGAAUUUCAAAAUGAUCGACCUGAACGAUGAUGGUAUCAUUGACGCUGAUGAAUACAGAUACAACUGCAUUACAAAAUUCGCUAUUGACGAUGUAGAAGUGGUUGACGAGGCUUAUAAUAAUUUACUAAGCGAUGAUGACAGAAGAAGAGGCGGAUUGACGUUAUCAAGAUAUCAAGAGCUCUAUGCGGAAUUUUUGGGCAAUCCCCAAGAAAACUGCCCCGCCGCCUACCUCUUUGGACCACUGUCCGAAAUACCUAUGAACGAACUUCUUUAAUCUAUUUACAAAUAAUGUUUAUUAUAACAUUUCUAUUAAUGACUGCUUAAUUUUUAAAUUUAAAAAAUUUUAACUUAUUUAAAACGUUUGUUUCUAUACGCAACCUGCUCUGCACGCCAGUUCUUAUGAUUGCCGAAAUUUAAUUACCAGUGGCGGCGGCACAAAAGAUAUAAACAAUUAAAUAGAUAAUUUAAUGUAUAGAACCAUAUAUUUAUCCGAUGAAGUCUUAGGUACCGUUGUUUCAAAUUUAGCAAUACUAUUAAACUAAAUGAAAUAUAAUUUUUGAAAAGAAAUAAAAAAAGUAAGAACUUCGAUCACAUUUAAAUAAAUCAAUCAAUCAAUUUUAUUGCAUUGAUAACCUAACCUAAUCUAUAAUGAUUAAAAUUUACGAUAAUUGUUUACUUACAGGGCCACACCUCCGAUUUUAUUGAAAAGUUAAUACGUCGUAAUGGGUUUUUUUCUUUUUUGUGGUUCGCAUUACUGUAAAUACUUCAUUGGUGUUGUCUUUUCCUACCGUAACCCUAAGAAUCUAAGGAAUCAAAUAAAAUUAUUGUUCGGUUAGUUAAAUUGGGUUAGGAUACGUUAAUGUAGGAAUAGACAACACUCAUUACGUUUGUGUUGUAUUUGUCGUAUGCCUAUUUGUUUACAGCAACAUGGUUGAUUUGAUCUUGGGGUUUUUGCAAUUUGCUCUCAACAUUACAUUCUUACUAUACUUACAUUUUACAUUAGAUUAACAGUUUUUGUCAAUUUUGCUUACAUUUUUCUUUCAUUUUAUUUACCCCGUUACCCCUAUUUAACUUAUACAGUACAUUUUCUCAAAUUUAUCUCUACCUGAUCGAAAAAAUAUCAUAUUUCCGGUAUUAUUUCAACCCUGAAUGCAACGAUCGGCGUGGCAUAGAGCAGUGGUUCCUAACCUUUUUAAUAUUGUUACCCCUGUGACCUAUUAAGAAAACUGAUUUUACCCUGACCUUAAAAUGUUAUCAAUACAAACAACACAAUCAAAUACAGAUAUCUGUCAUAAUCACAAAUUGCACAUCAGUUUUACAAUUUUAUAUACCUAAACAAUAAAUUAAGCAAAAAUAGUUAGUAUGAUGAUUGGUAUUAUUUUGCAUUUUUCAAUUUUUUUUAUGUUAGCUUUAAUUUCUCUUAAAGCGCAUCGUAAGUCAUGUUCCACAUUUAGAAGGAUUCUGGUUUUUGUUUCUAGUGUAACCAAAAUUUAAAAAGCACUCUCACAUCUAUAGGUGCUGGCAAAGGGUAUUACCAUUUUUAAAGCUCUCUUAGCUAGAGCAGGAUAUUCGGCACCAGUUUUUCGUCAAAAUGAGGUAAGAUCAUAAUUUUGAAAUUCUACUCUGCAAGUAGUAUUCUGGCGUAGUCCAAAAUAUUCCACUUUGGCCGC